AUGAGUGUGCUCGGACUAGUCCGCGUGGUGAUCGGCCGGCUACGACCCAGUUCACGAGCGGUGUUGUGUCGCUGUCACACUCCCACGGACUGUGGCAACCCAUUGAGCCCCGCUGUCAAGACCGUCUCUGCAACAACGUCGUAUUCUUCACAUCGCUUAUAUGCGGACGAGUCGCAAACGGCAAGCGAUAUGGCACACUGGACGGCGGGCCUUGCAGUCCUCGCCUACGGCUGCGGGCAAAAGUCAUGGGGCCAAGCAGCAGAAACCGGAAAGCGAGCAGGCAUGGGACGCAACACCAUGAUACAGGUGUUGCACUGCGUACGGAGCUGUGCUGUUGCUCAAGGUCAGGGAGUAAGUGACCGUAUCCCACCAGUCCAAAACUGCUCCAAGAUUAAUGAAACGAUCGCCAAAGAGCAUCACCGCCGAUCACCUACCUGCGCCGUCGAUUCUCUAUAUUUGUUUAUGACGAUUCCUACCGUUGGUCCCUUGUCCCGUGGUUGA